AUGAGUAUAUUUAACAAAUAUACAGGAGAAGGUUUUGUUGAUGAUGCCCAGUCGUAUACGCGAGUGUUUAAUUAUUUCGACAAGAACAGAGAUGGGUUCAUUGACACAGAAGAGUUUCAUGACUUACUGAAAAACCUCUUGAUAAGUGAUGUGGAUCACCAGCAGCAGCAGCAGCCUGUGACACAUGGAGAUGCAGAAUUGUUAUUCUCUGCUUUAGAUCUUGAUAGUGAUGGAAAGAUCAGUUUAACAGAGUUCCAAGCAGCCUGGCAAUACUGGUUUAGACAGAUUUUGAGUCCUGUGACCGCCUUGGUGAUUGUUGAUGUUCAGAAUGACUUCAUUUCGGGCAGCUUGUCACUUUGCAACUGUUCUGCUGGUCAGGAUGGAUCUGUAGUUAUCCCAAUUAUAAACAAAUUAUUGGACCAGAGCUUGUUUGAUGUUAUAGUCUACACUUAUGACUGGCAUCCGGAAGAUCACAUAUCUUUUAUAGAUAAUGUCUACAAUAGAAAACUUCAUCCUACAUCUACGGUGUUGAGGGAAAAUGCCAGACUGUUUGAUAGGGUUGUUUUCGAUAUUGAUGGGGCUCCCAGAGAACAGAUUUUAUGGCCACGGCACUGCUUACAGGAAAGCUGGGGAGCUGAACUACAUCCAGAUCUUAGGGUAGAUAUGAAGUCUUUCCACCUUAAAAAGGGAACUAAUUCUGAUGUGGAUAGCUACUCUGCCUUUUGGGACAACGAAAAACUUUACAAAACACAGUUGUCUUCCAUACUUCAGGAUCGACACGUCACGGAUGUAUACAUCUGUGGACUAGCUUAUGAUGUCUGUGUUGGUCACACUGCAAUUCAUGCUGUGGAACAUGGAUUUCGAACAAUCCUAAUUGAAGAUGCAUCAAGAGGUGUCUCCCUUGAUGGUAUAGCAAAGAUGAGAAAUGAACUCAUGGCAAAGGGAGUUUAUUUUGCAGAAUCUCACCAGGUACCUAGCUUGGUCAAGGCUGAACUCCGCCCACUUUGCCUGGUUGUUCAGGCAGCUGUAAAUUAUAAAUUAGCUAGGAAACUGGUUAAUGACAAAUUAUUUAACUCAUAA